AUGUGUUGGGGUUGGCCCAGUCUUGUCAUCGUCGGCUCGAAGCUGGUUGAUGAGGGCUGCUGCAGCGCCACUCGCCCUGAGGUCCUGCUCUUCCUCACUGGCUCGCCUCACUGCCUGACCUCCUCUUGCACUCCAGGACUGGAAGUGGAAGCCAAGAAGACCUGGGUCCAGAUCAUCCUGUCCGUGGGCAGAGGAGACAUGAUCUCUAAGAGAAAGAUGCUGCUCCUCCUAGCGCUGAGUUUGCUGGUGAUAUUACGAGCCGGGGACGGGGCAUUCCACCUGAACAUCACUGAAGGCUGCAAACUCAUCUUCCCCCCUUGGGACGGUGGGAUCCGCUACCGGGGACUGACCCGCGAACAGGUGAAGAUGGCCCGCUUCCUGCCCUUUGACUAUGAGAUCGAGUACGUGUGCCGUCCGGAACGGGAGAUUGUGGGGCCCAAGGUGCGCAAAUGCUUGCCCAACGGCACCUGGACCAACAGCGAUGUGGAGAGCCGCUGCUUACGGACCUGUCCCAAGAUGCACCUAAGCCUGGAGAAUGGGCAAACUCACGUCUGGGCGAUGGAGCGGGUGCCUGUAGAAGGUACCUGGGUGGAAUAUCGCUGCAACAGUGGCUUUCACCUGGUGGGCAGUCCUCGCAGCAACUGUACCAAGAUGGGCCGCUGGAGUUCUGCAAAGCCUGUCUGCGAAUUGUGGCGCCCUUCUGUGUCCAGGACGGGGUCAGAUUUGCCUUGCACACUUUCCUCCAAACUGGGUUUGGUGUCUGAGCCCCACUCCCAGUUCUGCUACACAGAUCCAUGCGAACCUGGCGUGGCCACCAAAUUCCUGUAUGAGCUGCUCUACAAUGACCCCAUCAAGAUCGUUCUUUUGCCGGGCUGCAGCAGCGUUUCCACCCUGGUGGCUGAGGCUGCGCGCAUGUGGAACCUCAUUGUGCUGUCCUAUGGCUCCAGCUCACCGGCACUUUCCAACCGCCAACGUUUCCCCACCUUCUUCCGCACGCAUCCCUCGGCCACACUCCACAACCCCACCCGUGUGCAGCUCUUCAAAAAGUGGGGCUGGACCAAGAUUGCCACCAUCCAGCAGACCACGGAGGUCUUCACCUCGACCUUGGAUGACCUUGAGGAACGAGUCAAAGAGGCUGGCAUUGAGAUCACCUUCCGUCAGAGCUUCUUCUCAGACCCCGCUGUGCCUGUCAAGAAUCUCAAGCGCCAGGACGCCCGCAUCAUUGUCGGGCUCUUCUAUGAGACUGAGGCGCGGAAGGUCUUCUGUGAGGUGUACAAGGAGCGCCUGUUUGGCAAGAAGUACGUCUGGUUCCUGAUUGGCUGGUAUGCUGAUAACUGGUUCCGCAUCAAGGAUGCGAAUAUUAACUGCACGGAGGAGGAGAUGACGGAGGCAGUGGAGGGGCACAUCACCACAGAGAUCGUCAUGUUAAACCCGGAGAACACCCGCAGCAUCUCCAAUAUGACAUCGCAAGAGUUCAUAGAGAAGUUAACAAAGCGUGUGGAGAAAUCUCCUGAGGAGACAGGUGGCUUCCAGGAGGCGCCUCUGGCCUAUGAUGCCAUCUGGGCCCUGGCCCUCGCGCUAAACAAGACCUCCGCUGAGCUGGUGAAGAAGGGCCUCCGCCUGGAAGACUUCAAUUACAAUAACCGGACCAUUACAGACGAGAUCUAUCGAGCCCUCAACUCCUCAGCCUUUGAGGGAGUCUCGGGACAUGUGGUCUUUGAUGCUAGUGGCUCUCGGAUGGCCUGGACCCUCAUCGAACAACUGCAGGAUGGCGUCUAUAAGAAGAUUGGCUAUUACGACACCACCAAGGAUAACCUCUCGUGGUACAGCAAUGUCAAAUGGAUCGGGGGUACCCAACCUGCUGAUUACACAAAAGUUAUCGUCACUUUCCGGUAUCUCUCCCAGAAGCUCUUCAUUUCUGUUUCGGUUCUGUCCAGCCUGGGCAUCCUGUUGGCCAUCAUCUGCUUGGCCUUCAACAUCUACAAUGGACAUGUCAGAUACAUCCAGAACUCGCAGCCGUACCUCAACAACAUGACAGCGGUUGGCUGCGCCAUGGCACAGGCGGCCAUCUUUCCACUGGGAGAAAACCAUCUACGGAGGAGCUCUCACCACGGGUCUUGUCUCCACCCACAGGCUCGCCUUUGGCUCCUGAGCUUGGGUUUUGGCCUGGGCUAUGGCAGCAUGUUCACCAAGAUCUGGUGGGUACAUACCGUUUUCACCAAGAAGGAAGACAAGAAAGACCGGCGGAAGACUCUGGAACCCUGGAAGCUCUAUGCCACAGUUGGCUUGCUGGUCGGGCUUGACGUUGUCAUCUUGGCUAUCUGGCAAAUUGUUGAUCCACUUCAACGCACCAUUGAGGAAUUCACGAAAGAGGAGCCCAAAAGCGAUAUUGACGUCCUGAUCCUACCCCAGCUUGAGCACUGCAGCUCCAGCAAGAUGAACACCUGGCUGGGUAUCUUCUACGGCUUCAAGGGGCUGCUGCUGCUCCUGGGCAUCUUCCUUGCCUAUGAGACAAAGGGCGUCUCUACGGAGAAGAUCAACGACCACCGCGCUGUGGGCAUGGCAAUCUACAACGUGGCUGUGCUGUGUCUCAUCACGGCCCCCGUUACCAUGAUCCUCAACAGUCAACAGGAUGCAGCCUUUGCUUUUGCCUCGCUGGCCAUCGUCUUCUCCUCCUACAUCACCCUGGUCGUGCUAUUUGUGCCCAAGAUGCGUCGCCUCAUCACCCGGGGCGAGUGGCAGUCGGAGCAGCAGGACACGAUGAAGACAGGCUCCUCCACCAACAACAACGAGGAAGAGAAAUCACGGAUACUGGAGAAGGAGAACCGCGAACUGGAGAAGAUAAUCUCUGAGAAGGAAGAGCGCGUCUCCGAGCUCCAGCAACAGCUCAAAGAGCGGCAGCAGCUGCGGUCCCGCCGGCGCUCCUCCAACUGCGCGGCCGACAACCACUUCAACAGCACGGCCUCGGCCUCGGCAGCCACGGGCCCCAACCUCUACCAGCCCAGCCUGCCUCUCGUCCGCUGCCUUGUGGCCGAACAAGCCGACAAGCUGGGGCGCAACAACUGCGACGGCAGCCGUGUCCACCUGCUCUACAAGUGA